AUGGUCGGAUCCCCGCCAGCGAGCUAUCGCACCCCGCCUGGCGCGCCAUUGAUUGAUCCCACGCGACCUCAGAACGACCCGAUGGAAGAGCCUGACCCUGAGCGGGUCCAGAAACGGCCGCGGCUGGAUAGUGGCAGUGGUGUCAGUCCUCUCAUCUCGAUUGACGCUGCGGCUGUUCCUCCUUCAGCUUCUGCUCCUGCCUCUGCUGUCGCGACUCCACCGCCGGUGCCUUCCUUGGAGAUGGACACUACUCCAGACCAGACCCGCCCCGCAAAAGUCACCAUCAAUGUGAAGUCUCCCACCUUGGAAACUGACAUCGCGAACGGGAUGCGCGAUCCCUCACCGGUGCCUGAUGGCACUCCGACGCGACCGGACUCGACCGACCCCAACGAGGCCGCCUCAGACGUGAUUUCUAUUUCCUCCUCUCCCGCACACAGCCCAGAGAUCCAAGCUGGUGAUCCUGAAGACAUGGAUGAAAAUUGGCAACGACUGGAAGACGCGAUACAGGAAGAAGAGGUGGUCGAGGUUGAGGACCUAGCCUCGCCUCUGGUCGACUCUUUCCCAAGAGUGCGUGAGAACCUGAGUACGCGGGAUAAUCUGGUCAGAAUUGUGGCUUUGAUCCAGAAAGCUGGUCCUCGCGAUGCCGAGGCUGCCUCCGCGGUGAAGACCUGGAUGGACGACUGUGUCAAGAACCUGGAUCGCCUGACCCUCGAAGAAUUUGGCGAAGACCAGGAAUUUUGGCAGCAGUUUCCCGACGUGGUGGAGAGUUUGUUGCGCAGAUCUUAUGAGUUGUUGAUCGAUGAUGGCUCAGGCAGUGGCCCAUGGACCUGCUUGGAGGAGUUUCUCCUAGAUUAUGUACAAAUCGCCCUACAGGUCAUGCGCAUCGACACCGUGAUCCUCCGCCAUCUGGUCGAUGAUCCGGAGCUUCCAGUCCAAGACAGCAUCUGCAAAGACUACCUUCAGGCUCUCACCUUUGUUUUCCUUUCCCCCAAGUCACCAAUCCCUCUGUACCGAGCUCUGGACAAAAAAUACCCCACAGAUACGAACGACAUGCUUGUCCGCAUUCGGGCAAAAGCACUUGCACCUCCGAUUGAUCUCGUCCAUACACUGUCACAAUGGACCGCUCUCACUCUCGAACUCAUUCCUCGACACCCACACUUGACCAGCUCGCUGGGCCACAUCAUGCUCAUCGCGAAUGCUCUGGCAGAUUGUCAUCUCGAACGCCAGAGCGAUGUGAAUGUGGAUGAUAUCGAUUCCCCCUUACCCGAUACUCCUCCGAUCCGUGCCCUCUAUGAGAUGGUUCGUUCAAUCGAUGAAAAGUAUCAGGAAUGGAUCAGCAAGAAGGCAGCUUGGGCUACGAGCGAUUUGAGUGAACAAUUGAUGCGUGCAAUCUCCCAUCACUACAAACACCACUGUGCGCGCAACUCCGAGUUUGUGAACCAGUUGGCGAAGGAUCUUUCUAUCCUCCUGCCGGAGAACACCAGCCAAGCAGAGAAUUCCUUGAUCCUUUUCUGGAUGUGGAAGCUCGCAGUCCUCAAGAAGCACAUCAUGGAAGGUCGCAUGGAGCUCCGGGUUUAUGGUGUGGAGACAAUGCAGUCAGACCUGGUUCACGUUUGGAGGACCAGCAUCUCUUCAAAUCCGGAAGGGGUCAAUCUGCCGUUUGUGAAGGCACUGGUCCGCUUCAUCAAAAACAACAAGAUCGUGGAUUACCUCGUGGGUGUGGACUCACACCCCCAGUUGAUCAGCCGAAGCAGCAAUAUCAUCGGGUUCCUGAUUGUCACGGACACGUAUAACGACUCUGUGACGAAUGUCAUCUGGAAGACAGUAACAGACAGUCAAGACGGUCGAAUCGUUUCCGAGGUCCUAGCGAUGCUAGUUCGGACAUUUAACAUGCAUCUCACUGGCUCUCACUACUUGCUAUAUGUUUGCCAGAAAGUAUUAGAUUUGCCUCUCAGCCGCUUCGAUACGAACAUGCUCGAAUUUUGCAACAAGUUGCUCGCUCGAAUUUGCGAGAAUCCCCCCGACCGACGAAUCUCGGGCGUUUCUGACCACGACUGUAUCGACGCACGUCCCGUGCAACUCUGUGUUCGCCUCAUCCGAGACAGCACGGCCGCGGACGAUCUCUCGGUGGAGCAGAAGAAGAGUCUGCAAAAGUUCGGCAGCCAGAGGCUCAUGGGCUUCGUCGCCGCUGGAAUCAGCCAGGCUGAUCGGAUGGCGAUCUACAUGCGCUGCAUUACAGACAUUGCCGGCCACAACCAGUUCACUGCUGGCAGCAUCCAAACUCUGAGCGCUCUUGUCCCCGCCCAUGAUGUACAGGAGAUGUUGAAACUGGCGAGGGACUUUAGCCUGACGGCCUUGGUGAUUGGCGACAUGCUGCAUGCCAUCAAAGUUCAUAAUGAUACCUCCACCGACGAGUUUUUCCAGAUCGGCCUGGUCUCACGGCUGACUAUCAUUUUCCGACUGAUUGACAUGGUUCCCGAGACGAUAACUCCUGAGCUUGGAAAAGCCUUGUGGGAUGAUAUCUUGUUGUCCAAGAAGUUGCGUACAGACGAACGCCAAGCUAUGUGGCAUAUGCUGGUCAACGCUCUGGGUCAAUGUACCGAGGCGAAUCCCUUCCUCCACAAGUGCAUCCACGAGUACCUCCCCAGUCUGGCUCCCAAAGACUACACCAAUGAGAUCUUGUCAUUUGCAAAGCAAGCUAUGAUAUAUGAAGUUCGAUUCAACCCACCACCCCCUGCCGGUGAGGACGAGGUCGUCACAAUCCCCGGCAUGGAUCGGUUCUGGACCUUUAUCUUGACCGCUCCACCUGGUACAAUUGAAGUACAGGCCACUGAAUUUGCCGUCAAGGUUUACCUGGAUCAUGCAAUUAUCACUCAUUCGCCACGAUCUGCCAUUGAGGCCACACAUAUCUCCCUCGUCGAGCGCUGUGUGGAUCAGCUCAAGUCGGCCGCUGCAAUCCUGAAGGCUACAUCAGAGGCUAACGGAGAUUCUUCCAUGGAGUCUGAGACUGAAACCGGUGAUAUGAGCCCCGAAGAACUUCGAUUCCGACGCUCGCUCUAUUUUCUUCACCAACUACUGAGCGGCCUGCGUGCUCGCCCUCAUUACAACUCUCCCAGAGGCUCCCCGCCUGUGCUUCCAGAGCGGCCUAUCAGAGGCGACCCGAUCAAUAUCUCUUGGCAGUCCUUCAAUGGAAGUGAGAGUUCCAAAGUCAAGAAUCUCCAGAUUGGUGACCUGUCAACCGCUGGCGAACUGGUUGAACGGCUUACGCAGCUGACCGGUUUUUCCAAGUUCACAUCAAUUGCUGGAGGUCAACGGGUUGACUUGAUGAAGGACCCAGAAACCACCGUCAGGGAUAUGAAGGUUCUUCACGCCGGUCUUCUUCUCGUUCGAAAGGCACCAGACGCCAAGGAAGUGUUCUAUGCCAGCAGUGGAGGGCAGCCGCUUACGUCGGUUGACUCUGAAGUGUUGAAGCACUUUGAUGAGCUUUAUGAUUUGCUCACCCUGAAUGAUGAUCUUGCGCGCGAGAUCUAUGAAUUCCUUGUGACGUUCUCGCCCCAGCCCAGAGUGCGGAACCUUGUCAAAUCGGAUACCAGCACUGCCAAGGAUUUGUUUCCCUUUGACAAACCCUUUGUGGCUUUCUACUCAUUCAGUGCGCUUCUGGCUUGUCUCAUCGAGGAAGCACUGGAAGAUACUCACAACCAGACAUUUAUCGCUCACAGCAUCGAGCUUCUGUUGACAUUCCUGAUGGCAGAUGAACUAGUCGAGUCGCUUACCCGGGACCGGAAUCGCCUUCAUCUUGCUUCGACCGCCGUUGAGUGUCUUUUGGACGCUGUUGCCCUCUACAAGGCGACCGACAGUGGAAAUUUGGUGGCGCAGGGCCAGACCCCGUUCGUCAGACGGCUGCUUCACUUCAUUGAGGCUGCUCGUUCCGUGACUACAAAGCCUUCAGUGAACAUGUUAACCAUCCAAAAGUUGGUGUGCAACUCCUUUGGCGUUCUGGUGGAAGGAUCGAUCCGUGAUCAGACUUUCUGGAGCGCCGUCAAACAACAGACGCAACUUGGCUCAUUGAUCAAGGCAUUACUUCUGGAGGAGACUCGCCAGCCCAUCCGGAGUGAUGUUUCGGAGAGGAUCAGGAGAACUUGCAGUUCGGCAAAGUCCAUGAAACAGUCAUCAAAGUUGGCUAAUGGCAACUCACCGAUUCUAUCCACCCUUAACAGCCCUGCUCAGAUUGAUAUGCUCGCCGCUGUCUGGAACGCAUUUGUUGAGACAAUCCCAAUGACUCCGGAGUAUGCGUCUCAAUCUGCCGAGUUCUUCAAUGUCGCUCUCGGGGUGUUCCGCUCGGUUGCUGAGAAAUCACCCCGGGAUGUCAUUUUCAGCCAAUAUCUGAAGCAAUGGAGUGAAAUCAUGCUGCAGCAUGAAACUGAAGAGUUCAUCGGACGCGAGCCAGUGGAUAGCCUGGUUCUAGGCUUCGCCGGUCUCUUAGAGCAGUGUCUUGAGUCUGCAGACGCGGCCAAUGUUGACUUGGAAACCUUCGAUCUUGCGGAGCAAAUCAUAAGCAAGUAUCUAUUCCCAGAGCUUGCUAAUGAAACCGAUGAAGUCAUCGUCCCUCGCACCCCUCACAUGCACACCGAGACGCGCCAAAAGCUCUACAAUAUUCUCCGGCUACUGUGCAAGCGAAAUGACGAAAAUGUUGCACGCAUCAUGCAGCAUCUGGAAGGCGUGAUCCCGCGAGAUGAAUCAUACAGUCCGACCUGGUGCCAUGACCGUUCCAAGAUGAUCCGAGCCCCAGAGGGGUAUGCCGGUCUUCGGAACCUUUCAAACACGUGCUAUUUGAACUCCCUGAUGACACAGCUCUUCAUGAACUCCGAAUUCCGCAAGUUCUUGUUGGGACUCAGCAUCCUGGAUCCGAAUGAGUCUCAGAAACUUCUCGAUGAGACGCAGAAGCUCUUUGCAUGGAUGCAGGAUACGUGGAUGAAGAGCGUCGACCCGGAGGGCUUUGUGGAGAGCAUUCGCACUUACGACAAUGAGGCCAUCGAUGUUACCAUUCAAAUGGAUGUUGAUGAGUUCUACAAUCUGCUCUUUGACCGAUGGGAAGCCCAAAUCAUGGACCCAGAGGAGAAGAAGAAAUUCCGAUCUUUCUAUGGCGGCCAACUGGUUCAGCAGAUCAAGUCCAAGGAGUGCUCACACAUUUCGGAACGAGAGGAGCCGUUCUCUGCCAUCCAAUGCGACAUCAAGGGCAAGGCUAGCCUAGACAAGAGUCUGCAAGCGUAUGUUGAAGGAGAGAUCAUGCAGGGAGACAACAAGUACUUCUGCUCGGGCUGCGGUCGCCAUGUGGAUGCGGUGAAGCGGGCUUGUCUGAAGGAUGUUCCAGAUAACUUGAUUUUCCAUCUCAAGCGGUUCGACUUUGACAUGGUCACCAUGAUGCGAAGCAAGAUCAACGAUAAGUUCCAGUUUCCCCGGCUCAUUGAUAUGACGCCGUACAAGGUGGAACAUCUGUCUGAACCCAGCACUCCUGUCGACCCUGACGUCUUUGAACUGGUUGGUGUUCUAGUGCAUACUGGCACUGCGGAAUCGGGUCAUUACUACUCCUACACUCGCGAGCGAUCAUCGAGCGGUUCGGCGCCGAUAUGGGUUGAAUUCAAUGACUCGGACGUGUCCAAGUUUGAUCCGACAACCAUUGCGGAUCACUGCUUUGGAGGUCAGACUGAGGCUGGCCAUAAUAUGGGAGGUGUGCAGAUCAACAAGGUCUGGAACGCUUACAUGCUGUUCUACCAGCGUGUCUCCACGAUGGAACAGACCAAGCAGGUCUCCCAGCCAAUGAAGCCCAGCUAUCCUGCCCGAGUUCCUGUACCAACAGCCUUUGCGAACCACAUUGCCAUGGACAAUGAGUUGUUCAUUCGGACAUACUGUCUUCUGGAACCAGCUUAUAUGAAGCUAGUUCCGGAGCUGUUGUAUCGCGUCCGACAGAUGAAUCCAAACUCUGCGGCACACCAUCAGCUGCAGGUCAUGGCAAUUGAACUUGGCCUGGACACUCUGGAGCAGUUGAUCGCACGAACCAAAGAGCCCAUCGGCCUUCUUGGUGUCUACGAGGAACUCAGGACGCUAAUUCAAAGCCCACAUGGUGCUCUUCGUGCGCUCCACUGGUUUGCUCGAUGGCCAACUACCAUGCGAAACCUAGUCUUGAGAAUCUUCCAGUACGAUGUUCGGCAGAAGGAGAUGUCUAUCAUCCUAGAGGCCGUGCGUUGCCUGAAGAUCUGUUUGCAAGGAGCAGGCAUGGAUGACGAAACGCGAGCCACGUGGCAGCAAGAACUUGAGGAAACUCUCGAUACCAUUGUGUCCAUGCUUGCGGACCUUUGGCCCGCUCUCCAUACCAUUCCUCGUGUGUGGGAUGAGUAUUUUGAGUUCCUCAUCAAACUCAUCGAGUUGGGAGAAGAGGCCACGAAUGCCAUGCUUGCUAAUGGUAUGCUCGUCAAAUGCUUGGAGAUCAUCUGGCUGGAUUCUGAAGACCGGAAGAACUUGAAGGGGCGGUAUCCCGGCUAUUGUCGACUGCUUGAGAAGGGUCGCCAGUUUCCGUACAGAAACUUGAUGACCUUUUGUGCGAUGCUCUUCCAGCGUGUCGACCUCUCGCUCGCGCCAUCCGCCCCCAAUGAUCCUCGUGAAUUUGGACGUGACGGCAGGCCUUCGCUUACUGCGGCGGAAAAUCGAUUCAUCAAGCCCUUGGAGUUCCAGAAGCCCGAAGAUGAAAACGGAGUUCUUGUGUUCUUGAUGAAGCUGCUUCAGCAUGAUCAGAUCUGUGUCCAAGCAGAGGUCUCUCGGGCAAUUGUUGCUGCGUUCCUGGCAGCCGGGCCAGAAGCCGGUUUUGCGCCACACGUCUUGAGGACCUUGGAGGUUGGCCUACGCUUCUCGCCUGUUGAACUGUGCAUUCCAUUCCUCGAGUGUGCCGUCACUUUCUGCAAGUAUGCUUCAGACGAGGAUGCAAUCGUUGGCUUGAUCAGCUACGUUGCAAAGGGAGUGGAUUCUAUCAACAACAGCGCAGGAAACGAGCAUCUGGAGUUCUUCACUCAACUGUGCAACGUUAACAACGAGCAACUUGGGUUGGAUCCUGACUGGUUCAUUGAGGCCGUCCAAGAUCGAAUUCCCGAUUUCGUUCCAACUCUGUUGAUCUACAACCAUCCAAAUGUUCGACGACGCACCACCGAGGUCUUGCGCGGCUUGCUCUUCAUCGGCGAUAAGGACGAGAUGAUUGAGGAGGCACGAACUCGACUAGCCCGCAUUGCUCGCGAACUCACUCAUGCCUGUGUUCAGCGGAUCGCCAGCGCUUUCCUGAACAGCCAGGUUCACAGCGUCGAGUCUCGGAUUGUCUAUCCUAUUACCUCGACUGUCACCCAUUGCCUGGAGACUUACUUUGAUGAGGAUGACGAGGAUGACCAGAGAGACAUUGAACGGGCUAACACCAUCUUGCUACGUCUGCAAGAAAUGACAGUCGAUGUCCCAGAUGACCUCGUCUCAGAUUCUGAUAUCGCUUCACCAGAGGAGUGGGAAGCUACGUCCGCUUUGGCUAGUGACUCGGAGAUGGGUCUCGCUGGAACCCCUUGA